AUGCAUCUUACCAAAACACUCUACCAGAAACUGGCUUUAUUUUACGAAAAUGGUAAGCUAAGAUUGUCCUACCACUUGCCUUUUGCAGAAACUAAACCUUCAUUCUGUUGUAAGACUACAUUGUUCAUAUUAUUAUUGCUUCAAGCUACUAGUUUUAUCUAUUCUAUAAACGAGGCGUCUUCAAUCGUUGAUAAUGCGCAAAUUCUUGCAGCCGGUUUGAACGUGCUUAUAUUUUUUUUUAUUAUUAUUUUGCACCAUUUGGAAUAUACUCGCAACAAUAUCUCCUCAGGAGUUCUCUUGUUUUACUGGCUUUUUGAUAUUAUCGCUGGUUCAAUCAAGCUUCGAACACUGAUUAUUAGUCAUGGUGCUACUGGCACUCAUGAGGAUAAUUUUGCGAUGUAUCUGAUUCGUUAUGCUUUGAGUGUCUCUAUGUUUAUUUUAGAAAACAUACCCAAGCCAAAGUGUCAAUAUGUCAUGCUUGAAGAGGCCGACGAUGCUAUGGAGAGUUCUGAAGAAAAAAACAACAUUUUCGGUAGAUUGACAUUCAGUUGGCUGACACCUCUUAUGCGUUUGGGCUAUAAGCGGAUAAUCACUGAUGAUGACUUAUGGAAUUUGAGCCAAGAAAACCAAGCUCAAACAAUGAAUGCCAAAUUUCAAAAAAAUUGGCAAAACGAAUUGAAAAAGGAAAGACCAUCUCUGUUUCGGGCUCUUGCUUUUACGCUAGGCCGUUACUUCAUGAUAGCAGCACCUAUGUUAUUAAGCGCACUAAUGGCAUGGGUAGCCAGCCAUCUUACAGAUGACCCUCAACCAGCUUACAGGGGUAUUAUGAUUGCACUCGGUAUGUUUGUAACAGCAGUCUCUCAAACUAUGUUCUUGCACCAGUAUUUUCAGACCAUGCUCACUGCUGGUAUGAAAAUGCGUGCAGCAUUAGUGACAUCCAUUUACCAGAAAACAUUGCUUUUGAAUAAUACUAGCCGCCAACAAUCAACCGUCGGUGAAAUUGUAAACAGAAUGAGUGUUGAUGCUCAACGAUUAAUGGAUCUAUGUUCUAUGUUCCAUAUUUGUUGGAGCGGGCCGUUCCAAAUAAUGAUUGCUCUUUAUCUAUUAUAUCGAACAAUGGGCCCCAGUAUCUGGGGUGGUGUUACUAUUCUUCUCCUUGCUAUUCCCUUGAAUACACUCAUUGCGAAGACCAUGCGUCAAUAUCAAAAGUUCCAGAUGGGUAACAAGGAUGCAAGAGUAAAAUUGAUGAACGAAAUACUGAACGGCAUCAAGGUCAUCAAAUUGUAUGCUUGGGAGAGUCCUUUCAUUGAAAAGGUGAGUUUUAUUCGUAAUGAUCUGGAACUCACAAUGCUCAAAAAGAUCGGUUUUUUGCAAGCUUUACAAAGUUUUACAUGGACAUCCAUUCCAUUCUUCGUUUCUAUCGUCACCUUCGCUAUUUAUAUUCUGGCGUCCGCCGUUUCUUUAACUAGCCAGGUCGCAUUUGUUGCAAUUUCACUUUUUGGUUUACUUCAAUUUCCUAUGGCUAUUUUCCCUAAUGUUAUUACGUCGAUGAUAGAGGCUUCAGUCUCUUUAAAGCGAAUCGAAAAUUAUCUGCUUAGUGAGGAGUUGGACACCACUGCUAUCAAGAAGGAGAAUUUCCGAGAAAUGCCAAGUUGGAAUUCAAGCGUCCCUCUUCUAGAAAUUAAGAAUGCGGACUUCAAAUGGGAUGCCCAUGUGGACAAGAUGGAUCUUGUUGACAUAAACUUUUCCCUUAAGAAAGGAACUAUCACUGCUGUCGUGGGGAAGGUUGGUGCAGGAAAAUCUACUUUGAUUAGUGCCAUCUUGGGGGACAAUGUCAAAACUGCCGGUGAGGUAACUAUUCGAGGCAGCGUUGCCUAUGCUCCUCAACAACCUUGGAUUAUGAACGCAACUGUACGCGACAACAUCACCUUUGGACUUCGCUACGAGCCUGUCUUUUAUGAUAAAGUUAUUGAAGCUUGCGCCUUGAAGCCUGAUUUGAGAAUUCUGGCAAAUGGUGAUUUAACUGAAAUCGGUGAACGUGGAAUCAACUUGUCUGGUGGUCAGAAAGCGCGUAUUUCUUUGGCUCGUGCUGUGUAUUCAAGAGCCGAUAUUUAUCUCUUCGAUGAUCCACUCAGUGCUGUAGAUGCUCAUGUUGGCAAGCAUAUAUUUGAACGUGUAUUGGGCCCUAACGGUUCUUACGACGAUCUUAUGGCUGAGAAAGGAGAACUUUCGAAACUUAUCACUGAGUUCGUUAGCCGAUUUUCUAAAGAAGAACUAGGUGAGGUGGAUGAUGAUGAUAUGACCCUAUCAGAGGCAGAUGAUGCUAGUUUCGAACUACUGCAGGAUGAAGUAGCUGCAAGCUUAGGUGCUUGUGAGGAAGAAUCAGCCCUUAACAAAGACAUGCUUCGUCAAAGUGCUAGUGAUCGAAGAGUUAGUAUGGCUAGUGCUCUGAGUCAUACUACCCUUAGACGUGGUUCUAUUGAUUCUUCCAUUUUCAAGGAUCGUCGAGUCAUAAGAAAUGCUGGUAAUCGUGUUGGCCAAUUGAUGACAACUGAAGAAAGCGUGCAAGGAAAGGUUUCUUGGAGUGUUUACAAACAAUAUGCGCAGGCUUGUUCUAUAGGAGGUGUUCUGGCCAUUUUAAUGUUCCAGUUAUUCUCUCAGGCUGCGCAAGUUAGCUCUAACGUAUGGCUUAAGCACUGGAGUGCAAAAAAUACCGAAGCCGAUCACAAUAACAGUGCAUGGGUCUAUCUUGCUGUUUAUGCGUUGAUAGGUUGGUCAUCUACUAUUUUUGCCUUCUUACAAACCCUUUCUAUGUGGGUAUUCUGUGCUAUUCGUUCCGCUAAGUUUCUACAUAGCAGUAUGCUUGAAUCUGUCAUGAGAUCUCCCAUGUCAUUCUUUGAUACAACUCCUUUGGGUAGAAUCUUGAACAGAUUCAGUAAAGACGAGCACACUAUUGAUGAAAUUUUACCUAGGAAUUUUAAUAUGUAUAUUCGUGUUCUCUAUCAAGUCAUUGCAACAGUACUUAUCAUCACAUUCUCAACGCUUAUGGUUUUGCUCUUGAUCAUUCCUUUGCUAUUUGUAUAUUUAGGAGUACAGCGUUACUAUCUUGCUACUUCCCGUGCUUUAAAACGUUUGGAUGCUGUAGGAAAAAGCCCCAUCUAUUCUCACUUUCAAGAAACUAUUCAAGGUGUAUCUACUAUUCGUGCUUAUGACCAGCAAAAUGUGUUUAUAUUACAGAAUCAAAACAAGCUUGACAACAAUCAGCGUGCAUACUUUCCUUCUAUUACAUGUAAUCGUUGGCUGGCAGUUCGUCUGGAAUUCUUAGGAUCAAUCAUCAUUCUCGGCUCAUCCCUUUUUGCUGUUCUUGGUGUUCUUUAUGGCUCGAAAUCUUAUAUUGACCCUGGUCUAGUAGGUCUCAGUGUAUCUUACGCUCUAAGCGUAACUCAAGCUCUUAAUUGGGUAAUCCAUUCUUACUGUGAUAUUGAGACAAUAUUUGUCGACCCUGCAUGGCCAUCUCAGGGCAACAUUAAAUUCAAGCAAUAUUACACUCGAUACAGAGAAGGUCUUGAUUAUUGUUUGAAAGAUUUAACAUUCCAAGUCUUACCUAAGGAAAAAAUUGGUAUUGUUGGACGAACCGGAGCUGGUAAAAGCUCACUCAGUUUGACUCUCUUCCGUAUCCUUGAGGCUGCUAAGGGGAGAAUUUGCAUUGAUGAUGUCGAUAUUUCAAGUUUGCGGUUGUACGAUUUACGCUCGAAGUUAAGUAUUAUUCCUCAAGAUCCAGUUUUGUUCGCUGGUACUGUCAGAGAAAAUCUGGAUCCUUUUGGUGCCUAUGAAGAUGUUGAGAUAUGGCAAGCUUUGAGGGAUUCUCAUUUGUAUGAACAUGUUUCUGCUAUGGACGGGCAAUUAAAUGGUGCUGUAUUAGAAGGCGGUGAUAACUUUUCAGUUGGUCAAAGACAGUUAAUUUGUCUUGCACGAGCUUUACUACGACAUACAAACGUUUUAAUUUUGGAUGAGGCAACAGCAGCUAUUGACGUUGAGACUGAUGCUAUUAUUCAGGAAACAAUCCGUAUACAAUUUGCAGACUGCACAGUUCUGACAAUAGCUCACAGGAUCAAUACGGUGAUGGACUCUGACAGAAUUUUGGUAUUAGAUAACGGUACAGUUGGCGAAUUUGAUACACCAGCAAAUCUAAUUGCCAGACCAGAAUCAAUCCUUUACGGCCUAGCUAAAGAGGCUGGCUUGAUUACAUAAAAAUUGCUUUUGGAUUAAUAGCAGCUCAUUUUUAAUAUACAAUUAUACAAAUAUAAAAUGAUAAAUAGAUGAUGAAUGUAAAAGAAAAAGGGCCCUCACUCAGGGUGAAAUAGAAUUCUGUCAAGAAGUCUAUAAUUGAACAUUGUCUCAAACUUAUUCUUCCAAUACAGUAUACUGAACUUAGGCAUGAGUCAUGUUUUAAGCGUUCGAUAGUGUCUUCAUAAACACCGCAUUAGCCUAAUUUGCAAAGCUCUAUAUGAGGGAUUGUUAUAUAAGAGUAAUCAUGCGAACAAAUUUAUUACCUCCGCAAUCAUAUGGCGAGGCGAUCAACCCCAUGAAAAUUAUCAACAAGACUCCCAUUGGCGGAUGAUAAAGUAUGAAUUUAACUUAUAAACGAAAAGGCUAGUUAGAUACGAAAUCGUUUAUCAGGCCACGUUAUGGCCAGAAGUUUAAACGUUCUCAAUAUCUUUUAUGAAAUCAAAAAUUAUGAAAUCAAAA